CUUCCGGUAGACCUACCCUUCGUGUAGAGACGAGCAACAUCGCCGUGUGUCAUUUAAGUUCGCGGUAAUUCCUGCAUUUCUAGAUGUUAUACUUAUUGUUGGUCUUCGACAUACUACACUUUAUCAAUGUUUCGCGUCGGGAUAAACUCGACUCGUCCCGGUGAACUUCGAGGCCUCUCCGGCUAGCUUAGCUCGCUCGUUAGCUUAGCUUGCUAGCUGCUAACAAAGAGAGCUAAAGCGGAGAAAAUGUGUAAAGUACAAAUGUUGAGGGUGUUGGUGAAUCAGCGACUAAAGGCGGCUGCUGAAGAAAUAUGUGCAGUGUUAGAGAGAACAGUGGCAGAGUACGAGAGGGAACUUUCCCGAACAAAAGAGGAGAACGAGCGACUACGUCAACUACUGGACGCUGUUUUCAAGAAGCUGCCGAGAACAGACGGCUUUCAAGGAAAUCUUCCUGAGCAGCAGGAGUGGUCUUCCAGGAUGGAGCAGGAAGAGGCACAGCCAGCGCAAACUAAGGAGGAUGAGGAGUACCCACAACUUGAAGAGGACAUUGAGGAGCCAGAGUUCAUUCACAUUAAAGAGGAAGAUGAGGAGCCACUGCCCCAGCAUAUUAAGGAAGAAGGGGAGGAGCCACAAUCCCAGCAAAUUAAAGAAGAAGAUGAGGAGCCACAGCACCCUCACAUUAAAGAGGAGGAAGAUGAGGUGCCAGAUUCCCCCAUGUCAAAGAGAAAAAGUCACAGCCCAUCUACCUUAAAAAUUAAGAGGAUGAGCCACAAACCACCUCAAAAUAAAGAAGAGGAGGAACACAACAUGAGUCAAGAUGGAGAGCAUCUUGAAGGACUGGAGGAGGUUGAUGUCACCAAGAUGCCAUUGACUGUUGUCAUUGUGAAGAGUGAAGAUGAUGAGGGUGAAGGUGAGGAAAAGGGAGAGGCGGAGCCUCCAACUCCACACAUGACAACAGAAGCUGAUGGAGACCACUGUGGAGGAUCACAAGCAGACAAGCUCUUCGCUCCACUAUCAGAUAGUGAGGACAUAACGUCACACUCUCCUGACACUGAUGAUGAAGAAGAUGAUGACACUGAUGAUGAAGACUCUAAAGCUGACAUGACAUGUCACACUGACAACAAACACUUGAAGUGCUCUUACUGUGACAAAACCUUUAAUCACCGUGGUCAUCUGAAAACACACACGAGAACGCACACUGGAGAAAAACCAUUCAUGUGCUCAGUUUGCAGUAAAAGCUUCUCACGAAAGGCAAGUUUGAAAAUACACACAAGAAUACACACUGGAGAAAAACCAUUCCUGUGCUCAGUUUGUAGUAAAAGAUUCCCUCUAAAGCAACAUUUGAAAGUACACAUGAGAAUGCACACUGGAGAAAAACCAUUCCUGUGUUCAGUUUGUAAUAAAAGAUUCCCUCUCAAGCAACACUUGACGGGACACAUGAGAAUGCACACUGGAGAAAAACCUUUCAUCUGUUCGGUUUGUGGUAAAGGUUUCGUGCGGAAAUUCGAUUUGAAAUUACACACAAAAAUCCACGCCGGAAACAAACCUUUCAAAUGUUCGGUCUGCGGCAAAGGUUUUAUACAAAACAGCGAUCUGAAAUUACACAUGAGAACGCACACCGGAGACAAACCCUUCAUGUGUUUAGUUUGUAAUAAGAGAUUCACUCAGAAAGGAAAUUUGAUGACACACACGAGAACACACACCGGAGAGAAAGUGUUGAGUUGCAGUGUGUGUGAUGAAAAAUUCUCAUAUAAGUACCAGUUCAAGAAACACACGUGUGCUGACGGCUUUGAAGAAAAUCUUCCGUGGCAGCAGGAGUGGUCUUCCAGGAUGGAGCAGGAAGAGGCACAGCCAGCGCAAACUAAGGGGGAUGAGGAGUACCCACAACCCCCUUACCUUAAAGAGGACAUGAAGGAGCCUCAGCUCAUUCACAUUGAAGAGGAAGAUGAGGAGCCACUACCCCAGCAUAUUAAGGAGGAAGGGGAGGAGCCACAGCACCCUCACAUUAAAGAGGAGGAAGAUGAGGUGCCAGAUUCCCCCAUGUCAAAGAGAAAUAGUCAAAGCCCAUCUACCUUAAAAAUUAAGAGGAUGAGCCACAAACCCCCUCAAAAUAAAGAAGAGGAGGAACACAGCAUUAGUCAAGACGGAGAGCGUCUUAAAGGACUGGAGGAGGUUGAUGUCACCAAGAUGCCAUUGACCGUUGUCAUUGUGAAGAGUGAAGACGAUGAGGGUGAAGGUGAGGAGAAGGGAGAGUUAUCAACACAUCGCAAAGCAGAGAAAAUGUGUAAAGUACAAAUGUUGAGAGUGUUGGUGAAUCAGCGACUAAAUGAGGCUGUGGAAGAAAUAUUUGUAGUGUUAGAAAGAACGAUAGCAGAGUACGAAGAUGAACUUUCCCGAACAAAAGAGGAGAAGGAGCGACAACGUCAACUACUGGACGCUGUUUUCAAGAAGCUACCGAGAACAGACGGCUUUGAAGAAAAUCUUCCUGAGCAGCAGGAGUGGUCUUCCAGGAUGGAGCAGGAAGAGGCACAGCCAGCGCAAACUAAGGGGGAUGAGGAGUACCCACAACCCCCUUACCUUAAAGAGAACAUUAAGGAGCCACAGCUCAUUCACAUUGAAGAGGAAGAUGAGGAGCCACUGCCCCAGCAUGUUAAGGAGGAAGGGGAGGAGCCACAGCACCCUCACAUUAAAGAAGAGGAAGAUGAGGUGCCAGAUUCCCCCAUGUCAAAGAGAAAAAGUCACAGCCCAUCUACCUUAAAAAUGAAAAGGAUGAGCCACAAACCCCCUCAAAAUAAAGAAGAGGAGGAACACAGCAUUAGUCAAGACGGAGAGCAUCUUGAAGGACUGGAGGAGGUUGAUGUCACCAAGAUGCCAUUGACUGUUGUCAUUGUGAAGAGUGAAGAUGAUGAGGGUGAAGGUGAGGAGAAGGGAGAGGUGGAGCCUCUAACUCCACACAUGACAACAGAAGCUGACGGAGACCACUGUGGAGGAUCACAAGCAGACAAGCUCUUCGCUCCACUAUCAGAUAGUGACGACAUAACGUCACACUCUCCUGACACUGAUGAUGAAGAAGAUGAUGACACUGAUGAUGAAGACUCUAAAGCUGACAUGACACGUCACACUGACAGCAAACACAUGAAAUGCUCUUACUGUGACAAAACGUUUAAAUACCCAUGUCAUCUAAAAACACACAUGAGAACGCACACUGGAGAAAAACCAUUCAUGUGCUCAGUUUGCAGUAAAAGCUUCUCACGAAAGGAAUGUUUGAAAUUACACAUGAGACUGCACACUGGUGAAAAAACAUUCCUCUGCUCAGUUUGUAGUAAAAGAUUCCCUGUAAAGCAAAGUUUGAAAGUACACAUGAGAAUGCACACUGGAGAAAAACCAUUCCUGUGCUCAGUUUGUAGUAAAAGAUUCCCUGUAAAGCAAAGUUUGGAAGUACACAUGAGAAUGCACACUGGAGAAAAACCAUUCCUGUGCUCAGUUUGUAGUAAAAGAUUCUCUGUAAAGAAAAGUUUGAAAAUACACAUGAGACUGCACACUGGAGAGAAACCAUUCCUGUGCUCAGCUUGUAGUAAAAGAUUCCCUACAAAGCAACGUUUGAAAUUACACAUGAGAAUGCACACUGGAGAAAAACCGUUCAUGUGUUUAGUUUGUAAUAAGAGAUUCACUCAGAAAGGAAAUUUGAUGACACACACGAAAACCCACACCGGAGAAAAAGUGUGAGUUGCAGUGUGUGUGAUGAAAGAUUGUCAUAUAAGUACCGGUGUAAGAAACACAAGUGUGCUGGUGAGAACAGCAGCAGCAAAUUAAGAUGCAGGAUGUCUGUCCUGUCAGACAAAUCACAUUGUUGAUGAGAUCACAUCGGCUGUACAGAUUUAAUUUACAAAAGAAGGGUUUGAUACGUCUCUUGUUGC